CCCAUCUCUAAUUUGUGCUAUGCUCUCCCUCCUCGCAACUUUUGAAAUGCUUGUGCUGUAUAUUUUUCGUAUCUUCUGUAUUAUUUUAUUGCUCUGAGUAUAUCGAUUCCUAUUUUGCAGGUAUUUUCCCCGAAAAAUAAAUAAGUAUUUUACCUAUUUAUUCAAAGCGGAAGGGGCUCGGAAGAAGUUUGGAUGCCAUCGGAAUGGCUGGUUGAUGUCCGCCGUACGCCUGAAAGGCUACGAUCUCACGAUCGCACCGGGUCUAUCAGCCUGAGGGUUAUAAAGGGGUAUUAUAUUUACUAACUGAUGUUUAUUUCAUCGCGAUUAUUUUUCGACUCUCUCCAUUCCGUCGUCAACCGUCCACCCCGCCAUGGUUUCUCAUACGUUCCCCAAGCCUCUCGACGGCGACAGUGACGAUGAUAGCGACGUCUGCUCAAUUUCCUCAAUACCGCCUUUCAGUCCCGCUCCGAGUGUGGGAGGGAGUUCAUUUACUUCGUACGAUGCUUCAAUGCGCUCGCUAUCACCUACGCCUUCAGUAUGGUCCAUGACGAGCUCCCUACGCGCCGAGGCAUACAAGCAGGAAUUUGGGCGUGGCCUCAACAACUACUCGGAAAUAUAUCGGUUGCCCGCCGAUGCUGAAGAGUUGGAUCGUCUUGACCUUCAGCAUAACAUGUUCAUUGAAAUUAUGGGCAAAUACAUCCCACCACUUCCGGAGGUCAUGGCAGACGAUGUACCUGGGGAACAAAAGGCCGUCCUGGAUUUAGGCUGUGGCAGCGGGCGUUGGAUCAUGGAAGCGGCGCUUGACUUUCCACAUUGUAGUGCCGUUGCCGUUGAUCUUGUUCCUAUGCAAUCUCCGUACAUGCCGCCAAACUGCAGGAGUGAAGUUGAUGAUAUCAAUCUUGGCUUGGAACAUUUUUAUGGUGACUUCAACGUUGUCCACUGUCGCCUUAUCUCCUCCGGUAUUCGAGAUUACGCACAUCUCAUCGAUCAAAUAAGUCGUGUUCUACGGACGGGAGGCCUCAUUGACCUAAUGGAAUUCGAUUUCCAUUGCUACGAUGAGAACUAUCAUCGAAUAAACUUGGAUACAUCGACCUUAGCCUCUCCAUGGUGGCCAAGGUGGUUAUCGUUCCUGGAAAUGGCAGCACGAAACCGAGGCGGCGAUGUCGAUGCAGCAACACAUCUUCAUGAUUGGGUUUCAAAUCAUCAGUCCUUUGAAAAUGUUGCUUACAACCAAUACUGGAUUCCUGUAACACCUUGGCGGACUGAUAGCGCAUUCGACAUGCGGAUAGGAACGGCGAUGAGAGAUGAUAUAUUCUCAUUUCUGAAAUCAGGACGACCGUUGCUAUUAGGAAGCGGAGUUCCUGAGCAACUCGUGAACGAACUCGAAACGAAUGCUUACAAGGAGCUAAUGGAAGGGAAUAUGCGUCACUAUAUUCGAGUGCAGUGUGUUUACGCCUCACAAACGACAACCGCGAAAUCGCCAAAAUCCAAACCCCGCGAACUGAUCCCACAACUUUCCCUGGACUGCUCUUCUCUCGUUUUAUCUCGCAAUGUUCUUAGCAUCACAUCAUCAUCCUGCAUUUAGUUUUCUGUACUGAUACCUUAGCAUAUACAAUACUGACCUUCUGACCUACUUAAUGGAUUUAGUACCCCAAGAAGCCGCGGAGAUUCGGAGUUUGAGAGUUUUUCUCCUGGGUACAUUUGAAAUACUGGAUCCUGUCUUAACCCUUUAUGUUGUUGUGGGUCCACCCGCACCUAGCGGCAUCUUUAGAGAGGAAACGAUGUUACGGCUCCGGGAGAGGGAAUGCGGCUUUGCAAACUCGAAUGCUUGGCACGAGAGCAAAGAGGCUUGCAGACUGUCCUGGAGUUCACCCCGGUCCCGAUUACACACUAACUUUAAGGUACCCCCUUGUAUUUCUGGAAAGUCCGAGGUCGGACAUUCGAAUCAGGGCUGUUGCGGUGUGUUUGCUUCUGAAGGCUUUCAUUGCC